AUGGAUAAACAUGGAUUUCUUUAUGUUUCUGAUGGUGCGAAGAAUGAACUGAGACGAUGGAAAAUGGGAGAAUAUAACAAUGAAGGAAUUGUAGUGGCAGGUGGAAAUGGCAGAGGAGAGCAACUCAAUCAACUCCAUAAUCCUCGCUUUAUUUUUGUUGAUGAAGAACAAACUGUUUAUGUAUCAGAUGAGAACAAUCAUCGUGUGAUGAAAUGGAGAAAAGAUGCAAAAGAAGGAACAAUUGUGGCUGGAGGAAAUGGUCAAGGAGAAAACCUCAACCAAUUGUUUUAUCCUCAAGGAGUCAUUAUUGAUGAUUUGGGAAAAGGAGAAGGUGAAGUUGUUGUUGGUGGAAAUGGUCAAGGAAAUCAACCAAAUCAAUUGUAUCGUCCCGUAGGUUUAUCUUUUGAUGACGAAGGAAAUCUUUAUGUUGCUGAUCAUUGGAAUAAUCAAAUUCAAAAAUUUGAAAUAAUUUUGUGA